AUGGAUGAUUUUGUUCAUAACAAAUUAACUGAAUGGGGUCUCAGCGAGUACAUAGAAGGAUUUAAAGAUGAAGGCAUUGACAUGGAAAGUCUUUACUGUCUUGACGAUCAAGAAAUUAAAAGCUUGAUCCCAAAACUGGGGCCACAAACAAAAUUCAAGAAGAUACUCAAGUUGUUAAAGUGUCAACAGGAGCCUGAAGUAGCAGCUGAUUGUGCUCAGGUGAGUAUGACAUUGAAUUUCAUGGGAAAUCGAACGUCGCAUCAUCAGGGCAUGUCCAGCAAAUGCCAGCCACCAGCUAAUGAACAACAACAUGAGAGAAAACUGGAUUCAUACUCAGAAGAAUUCACGCUGUCUGAUGUGAAUGACAUAAUGAGAAAUGUCCAUAAGAGACUACAAAAUGAAAAGAACACAAAGUUCAAUGCUUUCCUGAGGACUAAAAUCUGUAAUUUGGAGACAGAUAAGGAGGAACUGGUUGGGGCUGGAAAGAGCUCUUUGAUAAAUGCCAUCAUUGGAGAAGAGAAUCUUUUGCCCUCUGGAAGUGUCAGUGCAUGUAACUUAGUCAUGAUUAAAGUGGAGGCUAACAUGCACAACUCAAAGUAUGAGGCAGAAAUUGAGUUCAUUAAAAAAGAAGAAUGGAAAGAUGAGUUCUGGACAUUGUCUUAUAUUCUUAAGGAUAAUGUUGGUCAGGAAGAUGACGAUGAUUAUUGUGACACUGUUGAAAAGUUGUCAGCACUGUAUGGAGAAGAAUGGGGAAAAAUAUCCUCUGAAAACCUCAUGGACGACAAAUAUUUCAGAGACAAUCCAGAAUUUCUCCAAUCCAAGAGGAAGAUUUUGACAUGUGAAUCAAGCUAUCUGAAAAAAAUCGUCACAAACACGAGAAGUAACUCGACAGUGGGAGAGGGUAAAGAAGUAAAGAGGUGGUGCUGGCCACUAGUGAAGUGUGUGACUGUCAGGGUGCCUAGUAAAGAUCUUCUCCACCAUGUCACACUUGUGGACCUUCCUGGAAAUGGAAACUGUAACGAGAGCAGAGAUAAAAUGUGGAAAGAGAUUGUUGGAAGUUGUUCUACUGUGUGGAUUGUGACUGACAUUAAUCGAGCAGCAUCAGAGAAAGAACCCUAAAAUGCCAGUAGCCUCAUGGGAAAUGGUGGCGAGUGUCAGCAGAUUCACUUUAUCUGCACCAAGUCUGAUCUUAUUGAAGAUUCCGAUGAUCAGUAAGUGAUUUAAGAUACCAAAAGCACAAAUUAGGCACUGACAAGUGCGGUGGCCAUGAGAACCCAGGUUAUUCAUCCCCCUGUUUAAAUGAUCAUAAAGGUUCAGGUUUCUGAUUGUUUUCAUGCAGGUGUGUCUUGAUCCCUCAACAUCUCAGCCACUCUGCUGGAUUUAGCUCUUUCUCCAUCUAAUCACUGGUAGUGGAAAACAAUGUUAUAAUGUCACGGAUUUUAUGGUUGUUUAAAUCAAACCGUGAACCUUUAAUACAAGGUUGGAUUUGACACAAACGUUUGGCUUUUCAAGUAAUGAUCUUGUAUCACUAUUUUUCGUCCGCGUUCACAGAGAAAACUUUUGCUUACUGCAAAAUAAUGGCUUCUUUGUGUGUUACUGUGAGAAAUAGAAAUAGAUGAGUGGUGGUUUUUUUACUCAUUCAGUU